CCAAACGUCACCACUGGCCUGCUGAGAUGCGAGUCAUGCGAGCCUCCGUCGUGAUCUUCUCCAGCCUUCUGGCCGUGGCCUGCGCCGGUCACUUCGGUGGUGGAGGAGGCGGCGGCCAUUUCGGCGGCGGUGGAUUCGGCGGAGGCGGCUUUGGCGGCGGCGGCGGUGGUGGAUUCGGCGGCGGCGGUGACGACGGCGGAAGCGUGGGCGUCGCCUCGGUCUCGUACGUCAAGACCCCGGUGGUGAGCGUCAACUACGUCGCCAAGCCCGUGGUCAGCUACGUCGCCAAACCCGUGGCCACCGUCUCGCACGCGAUCAAGCCGGUGCUCACUUACACCACGGUGUCCCACGGCGGAGGUGGCUUCGGAGGAGGCGGCUUCGGAGGAGGUGGAUUCGGUGGUGGCGGAUACGGUGGUGGCGGCGGUCAUGGCGGCUGGUGGUGA